AUGGACUUUUCCAUUCCAGCAGCAUAUCGUGACAAGCUGACACCCGUCGAAGUGACGGAUGAGCGGACAGAUGGAGAAAUACUGGCUACUUUUCAAGAGUAUCAACCAGUAACAUCAGAGAAGAAUGUCUGGGCCUAUUGGCAUGCGGGGGUCGAGAAUAUGCCCAAGUGGUGCCAGAAAAAUGUCAUUGACUGGGUCCGUAUUCUUGGGCCGGGGUGGACAGUUCGCGUACUGGACAACGUGCCUGGCUCCCCAAACAACACUCUUUGCUAUGUUCCAGACAGCCUCCUACCACCAGCGUUUGUGGACCGCACGAUGGAUGGACCGUUUCUCGGCCAGCAUGGAGCGGACCUGACACGCUCCGCCUGCUUAUAUGAACACGGUGGCGCAUGGAUGGAUGUUGGAAACAUACUGAUUCGACAUCUUGAUCGGGUCUGCUGGGAUGAGCUGGAGGACCCAGACUCCCCAUACCGGGUGGCUAUCCCAAUCAUCUACGGGCUUGUUGGAGGGAACCAUUUUGUGGCGGCACGCAAGAAUGACCCUUUCAUCUACCAAUGGCACCGCCUCUUCACGCAUGUCUGGGGGAACAAGAAGAAUAUCAAAGGAUGCUCGGAGGACCCCUUGAUUGCACCUAUACUGCCCAUGAUGUUCGAGGGUGAGACCGCGGAAUUCGACCCUGACUGGAUUGAUCCCGCUCAGGUACUCGAGUAUAUUACUCAGAUCGUCUGCUGGACACGUCUUUUCUGCUUGGAAGAAGCCGGCGAAGGGUUCUCGGGCGUAGAUUACUGGCAGAACCACAUUUUCGCCUUCAGCUGUCUGGAGGAAGAUUGGCGUGGAGAGUAUGUCACGAGCUUUGUGGGAUUUGGCGAACGCGCAUUCGACGCAUUACAGCUUCCACACUCAGGACCAACGGUCGACCAGUCAUCGGAGAAAUACAAGGAGGCGGAGAAGUUGAUUUGGGAGCUUCUCGCCAGUGCCAGUAUGUGGAAAGUCGCGCAUGCGCCUGGCUUGGCGCGCUCCGUUUAUCUGGGCGGCCUACUCGAUCAGCCAGAGCACGAGGGCAAGGAGGCGCAACCGGGAACUUUUGGGGAGUUAUUGCGGCAGGGGACUGUUCGUCUUCGCCAGACGCGAACAGAUGUGGUGAGGAUGCCCACGCUGCGGCCGAGCACAACCUUGAAGAAAGGAGUCCUGGAGCCGUAA